AUGGCGAGUCUCCGCCGCUUCCUGCAUCGCGACACGCCGCAGCCACCUGCGAGCUGGCAACCAGACGGGAGUUUUGCAACUCGAGCGUCACAUGCGCAUCGCGAGCGUGCCGAGACGGCCCCCAGCUCGCAGAUUGAGGUCCCCAAUAAUGAGCAAGGCUCUUCCAUCCCUGUACCCAGCAGCGCACGCAUGUCGAGCUUCUCGCGCUUCUUUGAGCGAGCAGAUGGUCGCUCGUCUUCGUCUUCGUCCUCAUCUUCGUCGGAUGGUGAUGAUAUGGAGGGUGCUGGUGGCGCAAUGACGUCAACGAGUUACUUUCGCCCUCGGACCAUGGACGGAUAUACGAGAUAUCUUGAGUAA